AUGUGCACCGAACUUUCACUCCUGUCGGCUCGUCUGAUGGGAGAAAACGUCGUGGUGACAGGCGCUGGAGCAGAAGUGGCACGAUCCAUCGCUACUGGAGCCAAUUCAGCCUCGGCAACGACGGCCAGCGAAGACGCCUCUGGAUCCGUCUUCUACUGGCCCGGAGCUGGCUGCCCAUCCAAAAGUGUAAAGUUGGCGCGAACACUUCAGAACCAAAUUAGUUUCUGUCGCUUCUUCCAUUUCACGAAUCGAGGCGUCACCAGCCCGGGCAUCUUUGAGAACAGCAGAACAUACGAGCUUUCAAUAGUCGCUCCUCAACGCUGGCUCCACAACUAA